ACUGUCUCAGUGCUAAGUUCGGUGAAGUUAGACCAGCAAGUUAGAAGUUAGAUAGAGCAACCUGUAGUACAUCUCUUGACCCCAGGCGAAGGUGUGUUAGUGCUUAGACUUGAUAGUGAGCUUACCAGACUAAGUUCCGUUAGAACUUAGCGUCUGGCGUCUGGUUGUUGUUGUUAAGUACUAAGACCUCCGGAGGACUUAGCCAGUGAUUGGGGUGCUUAAUCAAGUUGUAGGUGUCAAACGUAGAACAAAAUCAAACUUAAAAACAGUGUUAUCCAGGAGUUACAUCACUUUGUUUCAAUGGAAAAAAUGAAGUUGCUACCCAUCGUCUAUGAAACAUUUUGAGGUUGAAAUAUUUUCGAAGUGACAAUCGUGUUCUAAUUGUAUAAGUGGGAGACAACAUUCGUAGAAAUCAGACAAGGAGGGAAGGAAACUACAUAGGACUUCCUCUUCUCAACGAGGAGCAAAAUGGCGCACCAACAGACUGCAGAACGGAAUAUUCCGCACCUUCGAGAUAUUUUCGGAUUUCACGAUAACUACCAGGCUAUAAGGGAUGAACCACCCCACAACAAGUACCAGGAUAACAGCUGUAGAAAGUAUAACAGAGACAAGGACCUCCACCACACUGACAGUUCAACGUGCAACAACGGAAACGACAGCGCUAUCUCGGUCGGGUCGACCAGCGAGGAAGAGUUGAGUCAGCUGAUGUCGCAGACGUCGACUAAGAAGAAAAAGGAAAAGAAGAAGAAGGAGAAACAGCUGACUGAGACUGAUGUCAAACACUUGGAGCGCCAUCUCUCCAUGAAGAAGACAAUCAGGAAGAAGAUUAUGCGCGACUUGCAACAGGCGUUCGUCGAGGAUCCUAAUGAGUUCAGAGUGGAAGACAUCCCGCGUGAACAGCUAAAGGCCGAACUGAACCUACAGAGUCUGAGCUUCGGGGCGCCGGGCAAGGGAAAAAAGGGAAAGAAGUCCAACGGCGAGUCCAACUUCCUCGACUUCCUCCGCACUGGAGACUCAAGGAGUCCCCCGACCAGUUCCGGUCCAGGCCAAGGAGCCGUCCUAGACGAUGACGACUCCGGGCAUGGUUCGCCCACCCGCGACCUGUCCGAGGACAGGACGUCCUCCAGACACCAGAGGCACGUCGAAGAUGAGGAGGAUGACGAUAUUGGAGGUGCCAAGAAGACUAGCUUCUGGAGACGGUUUACUAUGAAGGGACGCAGUAAGCGUUAGACUGUCCACUGUCCAAAAAACUAACUACUUUCCUUUUCUCUAUCCUGGGAUCACAUGAUAUUAUCCGAUACACUUCAUACAAUGAAAACUCCAGGAAACACCAGACCUGAGCCAGUCAGGUCACACUAUAUUAUCAUUAUUAUUCGCUUUAAAUACUCACUUUUAUUUUUAGGGAUACUUUUGAAAGUACUGAAACACAAUAUAAAAAUAUAUUAAGUACCCUUUAAUUUUAUAACAACACAGCUAGUUUCAACUCAUCAAGAGCUAUUUCAUUUUAAAACGUGUGAAUUAACCCUUGAAAAUGACUCUUCAAGAUGAAAACAGAAAUUUAAAUUGUCAACCACUUUUUAUUAUUAUAAAAUAUUAUAAUAUAUACAGAACCUGGUUCUUUGUUUUGAACAAAACAAACAGCUGAAGAUGUGGCUGGUAAAGCCACGAAACCCGGUUUUGUAUAAAUAUUAUAAUAUUUUAUACUAAUAAAAAGUGGUUAACAAUUUAAAUUUGGGUUUUCAUUAUGGAAAAGUACCACAUCAUUCACAACACAACUGUAAAGACUCUUCAAGAACUAUUUUAUUUUAUAAUGUGUAAAUUUACAUUGAAUGAAAAAGACUAAGAAAUUGUCAAAAACCGCCGGUUUUUGACAAUUUCUUAGUUUUUUUCAUUCAAUAUGAAUAAUUACCACCAUAUCAACUUCUCAACUACACAAAAAGUGUAAAUUUACACUUUGUCAAAAAACCGCCGGUUUUUGACAAUUUCUUAGUUUUUUUCAUUCAAUAUGAAUAAUUACCACCAUAUCAACUUCUCAACUACACAAAAAGUGUAAAUUUACACUUUGUCAAAAAACCGCCGGUUUUUGACAAUUUCUUAGUUUUUUUCAUUCAAUAUGAAUAAUUACCACCAUAUCAACUUCUCAACUACACAAAAAGUGUAAAUUUACACUUUGUCAAAAAACCGCCGGUUUUUGACAAUUUCUUAGUUUUUUUCAUUCAAUAUGAAUAAUUACCACAAUAUCAACUUCUCCACUACACAAAAAGUGUAAAUUUACACUUGAAAAUGGGUCUUGCAGAGUUGAAACUAAUUGUGUUGUUAUGAAAUAAAAGGGUACUUGAUAUGUUGUACUGUGUUUCAAUAUUAUUAUCAGAUAUAUCAUUUCAUAGAAUGAAAACUCUGACACCAGACCGAUAUAUUAUUAUUAUACAAUGAUAUAAUUAAUCCAUCCUUGAAUAUGUUUUUGAAAAGUAAAGAUGGUAGAAUGAAUGGUUCAUCAGCUUAGAAAUAAAGAAAGUGUGAAAGAAAUUUAAAAAAUAUCAAUAAUCAAUAGGGAAAUAGGCCUACUGUAGUUGAAAAUAUUUUUCAAGAUCAUUCAUUAUACAAUGAUUAAUCCGUCCAUGUAUAUUUUUGAAACGAGAAGUAAAGAUGGUAAAAUGAAUCUAUCAUCAUCUUGGAAAGGAAAUUUGAAAGAUAUACAGAGAAAUAUCAAUGAAAAAUAGGGCAACAAUGAACCGUAGUUGAAAAUAUUUGUUAAAAUCAGGAAUGACGCGAGUGCAAUUUUCAAUUUAUGAGACCUAUUUGCAAAUUUUAUAGAAAUCUUCAAUGAAAAUACUGUAUCAUCCAAGUGUUUUUACUAGAAAAAUAUGUUUAUAAUAUAGGUAGAAUAUAGAUGUUAUAAAUGACUGGUUAGAAACUAUUUCCACGGUGAAACAGAUCAAGUGCAAUUUUAAUAUCGAAAAUUAAUGAGAAACCGAGAAUAUUCUAUUUUUAUAGAGAUUUUAAACCAUUUAUGUGAGUCGUACAAUGAUCGAUUAUCACUAUGAAUGUGUUUAUUCAUCUUUUUGCACAAGAAAUGUGCAAAAUAUUAAAUAAUAUUGAGUCUUCAGAGUUAAUUUAUGAAAAGUACCAUAACUGAAUAUGCUACCAUAAUUAAUAUCGAGGUAAUUAAAAUAUCACAGGAAUAUUGGGAUAAACAAGGUAAAUAUAGAUAUUCUUACUAUAUUGAAUAAUUCUGUGUUCAAUACUGGAACUAUGAUUUACCUAGAAUAUCUGGAUUUAGUUAGAAUAAACACUAUUCAAUUUCCAAUAAUAGUACGGUUUAUGCACUUCAGCCUGAAGUUUAAAAUUUUAAGGCCCUGUUGCACAAAAUCCGGUUAAAUUUCAACCAUGAUUAAUUUCACAAGAACCUAUCAGAGAACCGUCAAAAAGGCCUUCUCUGAUUGGCUCUCGUGAAACUAAUCACGGUUAAAGUUUAGCCGGCUUUUGCAACCGGCACUCAAACUUUAAAAAUUCUGAUGAGUUUGAGACUUCCACUUCUUUAAUAUACCUACUUAAGAUAAUUAAGGGAAUUAUUAUGUACUUGCCUUAAGUUUUAGGUGGGUUCCGAACCACCGGAUGUCACUACCAUCCUAAUGCUGUACCAUACUGUUACAUCCUUUUGUUCCUUUAGAUUUUUAUCGCUUCAAUAUCUAAUUUAUUAUCAAAUAAUCAAUUCACAUUAUUUCUCCUUCUAGUUACAUAAGUCAAUUAAAACUUGACUGUCAACUAUUUUAGUUAGUAGUGAUUAAAAAGGACUGUGAUUUAACUAAACGAAAGCUAAGUUAACUAUUGUCGCUGUUCUAGGCUAAGAUUUUAGUUUUAAUUUAUUUUCGUUUGAGAGGCUGCUGAGUUGUGAUGUUCUACGAUAAUUUUGAAAAAAAUUGAGAAUUUUGUUUGAUUGAGUUUUGAAGUGAGAGUUUUGCUUAAUUCAAUUGUUGGAGUUUAUUAUUUCACUUAUACAUUGGUGUAGAGCACAUCACUUGUUCUAUGAAAACUAAACAUAAGUGCCCGACAUAUUAUGUAAAUGUAAGUUAUCAAUCAUUUUAUUUGUAAAUACUUUCAGUUUUAUGUCGAUAGAAAAUAUAAUUAUUUUUAAAAGCAAA